CAAGCAUGUUCUCCCUGUCCAUGAUGGUGGGACUGGUCCCCAUAGUGUCCCUCUUUGGUUUGUUCUACUCUGCUGCAGUGGAUGAGAACUUCCCUCAGGGCUGCACCAGCAGCAACAGUCUGUGUUUCUACAGUCUGCUGCUGCCAGUCACCAUCCCUGUCUAUGUCUUCUUCCAUCUCUGGAGCUGGAUGGGCAUCAAGCUCUUUAGACACAACUAGGCUGCUUUGGCUUCAUUCUGUUUAGAGCAGACAUUUACCUGAGAACACGUCAGUACCAUUAAAACAUCUCCCGGUGUUGUACCUUGUAUUUCUGGGUCCUUUUUAUUACUUGGUAGAUAAAAGAUAACGAUGGUUAUUAAUAGAACUUGCUUGCUCCAAAAACUCAAGGAUAAAAUCCUGCUAACAGACAUGUUUUGAUGGAGAAAUAGACGCAUUGCAGGAAAAACACUUCCUGUCAAGUUAGGACAGUUUUGAGUGUAACCAUGGUUUGUGCUUCAAUGCAGAGCGCUGGUUGUUUUUUUUUUUUUUUCAGGUGAAGGGAGGCUGUGUGUAAUAACUAGUGAUAAUAUAAAUGAAGAUUUAUUUUAUUUUCAGUAAUGUCCAUCUGCUUGUUUAAAAGACCAAAGGAUUUUUGACAACUUAUGUAAACGACAAAGUAGAAAGUAAGUCCUGGAGGUUUGGUUGGUACAGCAGGAUGCUCCGAGUCAUUGUCUGUUCAUUCUGAAAUGAACAUCUUGAUGUAGAUCAUGUUGUUUGAACAGAAAUGGAUUCUCAACUUAUUAAACUAAUCAGCA